AUGCAGUCACUCCGCAGAACAGCAGUGGCUGCUGCCAGGACGAGCCGAACCUCGCUCCCGCGCCAAUCGCGCCGCUUCGCCCACGAUGAACACGCCCACGGGCACCCGAGCCCAGCCGUCGACGAGCCCAUGGGUUACGGCUUCUAUAUGACAAUUGGUGUCAUCCCCGCUGGAAUGGCUGUCUAUUUUAUGUCGCGAACGGACGGCGAAAACAACGAGCCGUACUUCACCCGCAUGAUCGCCAAUGCUACGGCCGGCCUACACGAGAAGUGGACUUCGCAGAACGACCACCACGUGCGUAUGAUCGAGCAGGCGGGUGAGGACAGGGUGCUGUUCUUGAACACACGGCCGCAGGAAUAUGUCGAUAUGAAGUUCCCUGAGAUCAUGAACGUUGGAUCGCCCUACAACGUCCCCGCCGGAAGCCAAGUUCAGAUGGACAAGGUUAUUGAGAAGUACAAGAAGCUUGCAAACGAGGACAACGAGCCGAAGAACAAGAAAACAGCUGCUAGGCCCAUGAAGAUCCUUUACUUGCAAGAAGAGCCGAUCUGUAAGAUGUCGUCUCCCAUCGAAGUGCGCACUCGAAGCAUGCCACUGCUUCCCUUUCGCAGAAGGAAGGUAGUCCCGGUUACUGCGGUUCUAGACACGGCACCAUUGCUCCCCGAACUCUACUUCACCGCCCGCAAGAGGAAUGACAUGAACGGGUCAGCUUGGACCACCGACGACGCUUCUCGCACUGCGAACGCCGCACCAGCACGCACGACCUCGACCACCACUACCAUGCCCUCGUACACAACGCCCCGCAACGUCUCAGGCCCGCUAGCCGUCGACAAGGCGCCCAUGAGCCCGGAUGAGAACAGCUCGUGGAACCGCCCCAACCACUACAGCACCCCCAACUCCAAGACGUCGCAAUACAUUGAUAAGAUCACACAAGAGAAUGACCGCCUGCGACGAGAACUCAGGGCAGAGAAGCUCGCCCGGGAAGAUGAAGCCAAGCGUGUGUCGGCUGCACAAACCAAGGCCGAAGACUCCCGCGCCGAGUACCAGCAUCUCCAAGUGCUCGCCGACACCAAUGCAAGGGCGAUAGAACGGAAAGACCGGAAGCUGGAAGAGCUAAAGGCCACAUUGGACGCUGAGAUACAAAGACGGAAGUCAGCAGAGCAGCGAGCCGAGGAAGCGCUCAGGAUGCUGGGCGACACACGAUCAGAGACCCAACGACAACUCUCACAAGCAUACGAGAUGAGGGGCAUGGCAGACACGAACCUCGAGACUGCACGAGACGGCUUCAAGCGCAUCACCGAUGGCUACGAGAAGAAGGUGCGCCAGAUCAACGACGAGCUCAACGAGCUCCGGAGGAAACGCAUCGAAGACGCCGAUAAGAUCAAGCGACAAGCCAUCAUCAGCGAUCAGCUGCAACACGAAUCGUCACGGUCGACGCGAACGGAAGCCAAACUGACUAACAUGAUGGAGACAUACAAGAAGGAGCACCGGAAAGAGAUGGAAGGCCUCAUACAGGAAGCCGAGAGGCUGCGACGCGCACUGCCAGAGAAGGAGCGAGAAGCGCAAAAGCUCGUCGACUCGUUGAAGGAGACCCGCGACAAGAUGCGAUGGGUCAUGACUCAACAUGAACGACAGAAUGGGGGGAAAUAA